GGCCCGAGACGUGGACGGUGGAUAGCCAGCCUCUCUCCCCGCUCUAUAAAUCACGGGCACACCAAGCUUCCCUUCCAAAGCAGAACAAGCGCGGAUCUGAGAGCAGAUGAACUCGAGGUAUUUCGUUGAGUGAGAUCAUCACCAUGUCGUGCUGCGGAGGCAGCUGCGAGUGCGGCAGCAGCUGCAGGGGGUAAAUUAUCUCGAAUCCCCUCCUGAUUUCUGCCUUCGAUCUCUCCAUCUUUACGCCUUCUUUCUCAAGCUUUUCUUUCAUCUCUCCUCGAUCCAUCUUGUUCCGCUGCCUAACAACAUGCAUGUUCAUCGAUCCCCUCUUCCCGUGGCAACACAGCGCGGAUGCCUGUUGCAGCUUUGUUUCUCCCAAGUUUUUUCUAGGCUGUUUCUGGGACGACAUCACCAUUACCUUUGUCUGAAAUUGAACAGGGCUCAGUGUGGGGAACAAUCCAUUGACUCAUUGUACGGCCAUGAUGACAUCCACGGCCUGGAUUACUGGGCUAAGAAGCGCGCGGAUUAUUUGUCGUCAGAGCCACCUGAUGUAGUAUUUGUUAAACUCAUACACGAAGUCUUGUUCACGGCCCGGAAGAGCAGGAUGGAGAGCUCAGGGACGACUGCUCGCAGGAGAGCCGCUCAUUUAAAAAUCCUGCUCUUGCAUGGAGACGCUGAUCCUGAAGUACCAUACGAAACCAGUAUAUGGUACGCUGAGUUUCUGCGAACCUCAGGCUUUUCAGUGGAUUUUAGAACCUUCAACGGACUGCAGCAUUUUUGGACGUACCGUGAGAUGGAUUAUGUCAAGCAGUGGCUCCGCCCUAGGAUCGCAGUGCCCAGAAUCACAAUGCCCAGACACCAUGGAAGGCUGUAGUUUAGUACUCCCUCUGUAAAGAAAUAUAAGAUCAUUUAGAUUACUAAUAUAGUGAUCUAAACAAUCUGAAAGGCUGUAGUUUAGUAGUAAGAGUCGUACCACCAUUACUAGUAUAGUAAGUAAUAAAGAGGAUGGCAGUAUUGUAUGGCAGUAAAUAAUAAAGAGGGUGGCAUUAUUGUAUGGCAGUAAGUACUAAAGAGGAUGGCAGUAUUGUAUGGCAGUAAAUACUAAAGAGGGUGGCAUUAUUGUAUGGCAGUAAGUACUAAAGAGGAUGAACAUUUGCAAUUUCCA